GGUACACGUGUACAAUUACUGUGAACUUUGCACGGACGUCGUCCCAGCUCCACAUAAUAACACUAGUACUAAUGUUUCCUUUCGAAAAGCUACCGGUUGAUCUCGUUCAACCCAUUCUCAGUCAACUGGAUGACAGACGAGAUCUGACUGUGGCAGCUAUCGUCUGCAGGUCGUUCAAUUAUGCUGCAACGCCGUUGAUAUACAGGACGGUUGAUGCGGGUAUCAAAGACAAGAACGUCCUACACCCUUCGGCAACCCUUCUUCGACGACCGGAACUCGCGCAGUACGUCUGGCAUGUCACGGAGACGGGGGAUACUGUGCGGAAGAACCCAUAUGUCAUGGGAGAUAUCACUGCGGCGCUCCGCCUGUGUACCAACCUGGUUUCAGUGACCUGGUGGGACCGUUCCAAAUCUGCGGAAGUUAACUUUAUGCCCAUCCUCGAAGUUUUGAUGACCCUUCCAUUGAAGGAGCUCAAUCUGCAUACGCAGUAUGAUAUCGGGGAUAGGGCUUGGGCACUCCUCAACGAAAUGAGCGGUAUACGUCGGUUGUCAGUUUGGUCGCUGGAUUGGGGUCCGCCGCGGGUACUACAAGGUUGGGCAGAGUUACUUGGUCCCACUCUAACACAUUUAGAGCUUGGCCGCUGUGCCGGCGUGCCACCCACCGUUUUGAUAUCUGUGUUCCUGCAGCUUCCUCUUCUGCGGGAUUUGCGAGUGAGAGGGGUACCGAGCGCUGCUAUUCCUUCCAUUAUGGCUUGUCUUCCAAAGCUGACGGCCUUAGACACCGAUUACAACGGGCGUGGCAAAUAUCGUUCACCUCAUGUGCCGCUCCCAUCCCUACGGAGUCUGACUGUUCAGGCGAGCUCGGUAGACGUCCUUGGACCGGACCAAUUGUGGAGGUGGAUAUCUUCAUUGAUACCACAUGGAGAAUCUUUGCAGUCAUUUUCUCUGGCGUCGUUCGCAGUACAGGGUCAGAUUGCCAUCCCGCAUCCCUUCAUCAUUCGCUUAAUACGACUGCAUGGCAAGUCCUUGAAACGGUUCACUGUUGCUGCAGCUGAGAUCACUCCCGAUGCCCUGCUAUAUUUGUCUCGAGAUUGUCCGCUCUUGGAAGAGUUAGAGUGUUUUGGUCCAAGUCCAAAUGUGCACGUGAUUGCAAAGGUUGCGGAAUCGGCGAAGAACCUUCGGUCAUUGCAACUGAAUGUGCACUGGACCGAAGACGAAGCCGUCAAUUCAAGUGGCCAAGUCGGUCGAUAUUUUCGUGAACGAACCUUGUAUGGCGACCACACCUAUCCGAGUUGCCACCAACCCGUUGAUUUUAGUGCGGAGGAGGCUAUGGCGUUGAUGCUUCAGAAAGGAUCGAAAUUGCGAGCCAUCAGAUUGGGGGCCAACUCUUACACCGGGAGAUGGGUGCAUGCGACAAUGAAGCGAGGCUCGAAUCGGGAUGGGUCUUCGUUGGCGUUUGAGGAAGGCAAUGUAAUCUUCGAGGUAACCAAGGACAACUAUCCAGGGUUGUAGUGUCGGUUACGACCGAUCGACUAGCUUUAGUACCAAGAUGUAUGUAAAAGAUCUAUACGCAGAUAAACUCAUUCGCGCGCGACUAGUGACAAUGUCUAUAAUAUUCAUUUAUAUGCAGAUAGACUAUGUAUGGGUUAGGUAUGGUGGC